UGAAGAAAUAGACUGACGCAGAGAGUUUCCAGCAGUUCGGUGGCUUUGAUGAAAGCGGACAGAUGUGUCGGGGAGUCUGUGCUCAGGGGAAUACAGUCCUGCUUUACAGCCUGGUAGAACCGGAACCCGCUCAAAGUCCCUGUGACUUCUGGUUCCCUCAGCAGAUACUGAGCCGCCUUCUUCAGCAGCGAGGGAUCGCGGCACGGCCGAAUCUCUGGACUCAGCUGGAGGCUCAAAUAAGCACAGACAUGAAGAACAGAAGUGGUGGCUGUCUGGACAGUCGGCUCAGACAGAGAGUGGAGCAGUAUUUGGCGACCUGCACCAGUGAGUAUGUGGACCUUUCAGCCAUGGCCCUGGAACUGCAAAAACUGUACAGAAUGGACUAUGGCAGACGAAACAAAACAGCUUUCAGGAUUCAAGUAGAGAGAGUGUAUGAAGCCAUCAUGAAGGAGUCGGGGCUGAAUGAUCUCGAGAGCAAACACUUGGCUAAGAAAGCCAAGCACGGCCACGAUGGCGCUGGUGAUGGCAGCAGUAGCUCAGAGGAGGCCUCUGACAGUGAGGACCCCAUCCUGGAGAACACUCCCACCAACCACAUGAACAGCUCUCUCACAUCUCUGUACCGGAAGGGACAGCCUGAGUCCAGCACCUGCUCCCCCAGGAGAGAUCAGCCUGCUGCCGGCAGUCCUGCCAGCUCAGCCAACCCCCCUCCCAGUGCAGGGACGCUGGUUUCCACAGGAGGCUGGUUCAUUGAUAGAGGCAGAGGCCCCGAGGAGCGCAACAUCUUCAUCGACCUGUGUGAAGAGGAGCCAACUAACGCAUCAACAAAUCAGACGGACGUGUCCAUGCUGGAGCCUGACAAAUCUACCAAAAAGUCAAAAAAAAGAACGAAGAUCUCCACUGAAGUUAGGGAGUCUCGCACCCUGAAUAAGAAAGCAAAGUCGAAGUCACUGGAGCUGCAGUAUCCCACGCUGAAGUUUGAAGAUGUAGGCGGUAAUGAAGAGACGUUAACGGAGGUGUGUAAGCUGCUCAUCCACGUGCGUCACCCAGAGGUGUACCAGAAGCUGGGAAUGGUUCCUCCGAGGGGCUUCCUCCUCCAUGGACCCCCUGGCUGUGGAAAGACCCUGCUGGCCCAGGCUGUGGCGGGAGAGCUGCAGCUGCCCAUGUUGAAGGUGUCUGCUCCGGAGCUGGUGUCUGGGGUGUCCGGGGAGUCUGAACAGAAGCUCAGAGAGCUGUUUGACCUGGCUGUGAGCUCUGCUCCAUGUAUCCUGUUCAUAGAUGAGAUAGAUUCCAUCACCCCUAAGAGAGAGGUGGCUUCUAAAGACAUGGAGAGGAGGAUAGUAGCCCAGCUGCUAACUUGCAUGGACGACUUGAACAGUCUGACAGUGACCGCUCAGGUGCUGGUCAUCGGGGCCACCAACAGGCCAGACUCCCUGGACCCUGCCCUCCGUAGAGCCGGACGCUUCGACAGAGAGAUCUGCCUGGGUAUCCCUGAUGAAGCCGCUCGGCUCAGGAUCUUGAAGACGCUGUGUCGAAAGCUGAAGCUGCCGGAGGACUUUGACUACCAGAAGCUGGCCCGGCUCACUCCAGGCUACGUGGGUGCAGACCUCAUGGCUCUAUGCAGAGAAGCUGCCAUGAGUGCCGUAAACAGAGUUCUGCUGGAAAGAAGAGGACCGAGCCACAGCCAGAGCUCUAGUAAAGAGCCGUUGGCGAGCACAGUUCAGACUGAGGAUGCCGUGGCAGACGGAGAGGUUGGAGAGCAACAGAUGAUAGACGGAGAGGUUGGAGAGCAACAGAUGAUAGACGGAGAGGUUGGAGAGCAACAGACAACAGACGUCAACCCAGUACCUCAGGAAGAGUCGGGACAGAAUCCCCUGCAGCAAGGGGAGCUCUGGCACCUGCUGCAUUUGCUGAACAGCACUGAGACACUGUCAGAAGAAGAGCUGGCCGGCCUGUCCAUCCUCAUGUCAGACUUCCAGUCCUCUCUGUCCAGUGUCCAGCCCUCAGCCAAGAGGGAGGGCUUUGCUACCGUGCCUGACGUCACCUGGGAGGAUGUGGGAGCGCUGAAGGACAUCAGAGAGGAACUUACCAUGGCCAUACUGGCUCCGGUGCGUUCUCCAGAGCAGUUCAAAGCUCUGGGGCUCAGCGCUCCAUCUGGUGUGCUGCUGGCCGGACCUCCAGGAUGUGGAAAAACUCUGCUGGCCAAGGCAGUGGCCAAUGAGUCAGGCCUCAACUUCAUCUCAGUCAAGGGUCCAGAGCUGCUCAACAUGUAUGUGGGAGAGAGCGAGCGGGCUGUCAGACAGGUCUUCCAGAGAGGACGCAACUCGGCUCCUUGUGUCAUCUUCUUUGAUGAGAUUGAUGCUCUGUGUCCUCGCCGCUCAGGCCAUGAGUCAGGAGCCAGUGUGCGGGUGGUCAACCAGCUGCUCACAGAGAUGGACGGCUUAGAGACUCGACGCCAGGUCUUCAUCAUGGCUGCCACCAACAGACCAGAUAUCAUCGACCCUGCCAUACUGAGGCCAGGACGUCUAGAUAAAACCUUGUAUGUGGGUCUGCCUCCUCCAGCAGACCGCCAUGCUAUCCUGCUCACCAUUACUAAGGGAGGAACCAAACCGCAGCUGGAGCAGGACGUCUGUCUUGAAGAGAUCGCCUUCAACGAGUGCUGUGAUUGCUUCAGUGGCGCUGACCUGACUGCGUUGGUGAGGGAAGCCUCUGUUAAUGCCCUGAGGGCCUACCUGAAGUCCCAGCCUUCAUCAGUUUCUACAACUGGUCACACGUUCUCCUCUGGCCCGGUCACUGACAUCAGAGUGAGCAAACUGAACUUUGAUGAUGCCUUCAAGAAAGUUCGUCCAUCUGUGUCCAAAAAGGAACAGAAGAUGUACGAGCAGCUCAGAGAGUCCCUCAGCAGAUAACUACAAGUCCAGAACCACAGACGGACCCAGCAACAGUUCAACUUUAGUUAUUGGUGAAUGAUUAUGUGUCAUGUUUGUUUACACAUUUUAUUAUGGUUGAAUCAUAUUACUGAUUCUUGCUUUUAUAAUAAAAAGUGUGUGUAAAAACCAAA